AUGGCGCCAAACAAGAAACAAAUCCUCACGUUGUAUAAGCAACUUUUGGGCAAGGCUCAAAAAUUUGACAACUACAAUUACAGAGAAUACACGAAGAGACGGGUUCACGAUGCAUUCAAAGAACAUAAGAACUUGAAGGAGGAAGACAAAAUCACUGAGUUCUUUAACGAAGGCGUGGACAAUUUGGCAAUGCUUAACAGACAGACUACAAUUUCCCAAAUGUUUACCUUUGAUAAACUCGUGGUGGAACCUUUGCAAAAGCAUUAA